UGUGGGUCCUGCGCUGCCCCUGCUGCCCGCAGCGCAUCACCGGCGCAAGAACCGCGCAGGCUCCUGCGCGGCCGCAUCCCGGAGGGUGCUGGGCGCUGCCUUCCGGUCCUUGCCCCAGAGCGAGCCGGGAGCUGCUGCGGAUGGGGCCGGUAAGAGGAGGGUUGGGGUCGGUCACCCCAGCAUGGCCACCCAGAUGUUCGAGGCCAGGGGACACGCAGCCAUCUACCAGAAGUACAGGUUUGCACCGGGCAAAGAGCUGCAGAGAACCAUUCUCACCUACCUGCAGGAGAAGAGGAUAACUGCUGCUGAGCUGGUGCUGGAUGUUGGCUGUGGGUCUGGACAAGGCACCCGCUUCCUUGCAGAGCACUUCAAAAAGGUGGUGGGAAUGGACAUCAGCAAAGCACAGAUCCAGGAGGCCAAGGAGGGCCUCUCCAUGCCCAAUGUAUCCUACCUUGUGUGCCCUGCAGAGGAGCUGCCGUUCAAGGAUGCCUCUGUGGACCUCCUGACUUCAUUCACCGCUGCACAUUGGUUUGAUACUGAUGGGUUCAUGAGGGAGGUGCAGCGCGUGGUCAGACCGGGGGGAUGCGUGGCCAUCAGCACCUACACCCUGGACAUGAGGCUGCGCUAUGGGGAGUGCUCUGAAAACCUGACCCAGGGCUUCAGGGAGUUCUGGGACCUGCUUUUAAAACACUCCCAUCACAGGAUAAAACUUGUCUUGGAGGACUACAAGGAGAUCUUUGAGGCUUUGCCAUUCCCAGACAAGCAGAGAAUUACCGAUAUCUUUGAUACCAUCCCCAUGACUGUCGCUGGUGUGGUGGGUUACCUGGAGUCAUCUUCUCCAUAUCAAACCUUUAUGAAGAGUGACCCUGAAGCCGCGAAAUCCCUUCUCCAAGAGGCAGAAAAGAGGAUGCUGGAGGUGAUGGGAGUUUCUUCUCGUGAGACCCCAGUGGAGCUCUGGGUGAGGCACGUCUGUGUGCUGGGAUGCAAGGCACAGUGAGAGGAAGCCUGUCCCCUGAGCUGUGCUGCAAGGAAGGAAGGCAACAGUGGGUUAUCUCCUAAUAGCCCACUUGGUGCCACUCUUAUUCCUUGGGAAGAUUAAUCUGGGGGUUUAAGGUUUGGAUCUGUGGGAAGCAGACAAGGGCUUAUGGCAGCUCUUGGGCUCCUGUCCAGCUUGGUCCUGAAGUCUCCCAGGGCUGCAUGGGCAGGGUCCUGUUCCAGACUGGUGCUUGGGCUGCACGUGCGGAUGAGAAUCACAGGAACAGCUGAGAAACUUCUGCACUUGUGACAGAGCUGGAAUAAAACCAGCUGAGAACAAGCUGCUGUGGUUCCUCGUGUGUAAGAGGCUGCAGAGCACCUGCUGCCAUGGGAAUGACUGCACUCCAUGGUCACACUGCUUCCCUAGGCCCUGGCUGUACCAUGGGGCACAUGGGCUGUAGGUAGAAAGGGCUGUUUGCCCUUCCCAUGCCCAGGCUCAGCUGGGAGCUGUGUGCUGCCCCUUAAGGAUGUGCAGGAAAGGGGCUGUUCUCACCCCCUGUGUGCCCAUCCCUGGUGCUCUGGCUGGUGCGGGUGUAGCAGCAGCUCCUCUGCCCCGGGCUUGCCCAGCAUGGCUGCUCCAGCC